AUGUAUCUCAAGUUCCCUCUCAUGCUUUUCCUACUCCUACAGGCUGCUCCGUCCGACGCCAACCUCUUUUCGCGCGGCUCAGAGACCAUUGUCCGCAGCGUCAACCAUGUCCACCGCCAUGCCCUCCGGCGCAGCGCUGGACUGGCGAAAGACAUCCGCAGAGCACUGUCUGGUAUUCUCGUAGAGCAGCAACCGGUCAGCUCGUCGUCGUAUUGUGGAUUGGGACUAGGGCUGUCGAACAAUUCCAUCGGCUCAGACUCAGGCUACGCGCCCGCAGCCAGCGCGAAGCCUUCCGCAACCUCCACCGGCUCGGCCGCGAGUCCUAGCGGUAGUGCUGCUGCCUCGUCGCCAUGGAAGUUGACCCAGAACUACCAAGGGAGCUCAUUCUUCAACGGCUGGACGUUCUUCACCGCCGCGGACCCCACUAAUGGGAACGUGCAAUACGUCGACUCUGUGACCGCCCAAUCGGCGAAUCUCACUGAGAUCAACAGCGCGGGGAACGCUGUGAUGCGCGUUGAGACGACGCCGACUGUCACGGGCAACCGCAAGAGCGUACGCAUCACAACGAACUACACCUACACUGGUGCGCUCGUCGUCAUGGACUCCGUGCACAUGCCCACCGGAUGCGGCACCUGGCCCGCAUUCUGGAGCAACGGGCCGAACUGGCCUGCGGGUGGCGAGAUCGACAUCGUCGAGGGUGUGAAUAGCUUCACGGUGAACCAGGCGACUAUCCACACCAACCCAAACUGCAACCUACCCACGUCCAAUAGCACGCUGCUUGGCAUCUCUGGCACCGUAGUUGGCGGGACCAACUGCGCCGCGGCUCAGAGCGGCAACGCGGGCUGUGGCAUCCGCUCCUCCCAGACGAACUCGUAUGGCGCUGGCUUCAACGCCAUCGGCGGCGGGGUGUACACGAUGCAAUGGAAUAAUGAUGGUAUAUCGGUGUGGUUCUUCCCGCGCAGCUCCAUCCCAUCCGACAUCACUGCCGGUGCUCCCCAGCCAACGCAGUGGGGCCAGUCGCUCGCGUUCUGGCCCGCUACGGACUGCAACCCGCAGACGUUCUUCUACGACCAUUCUGCGAUCUUUGACACCACGCUCUGCGGUGAAUGGGCUGGCAACGUUUGGGGCGACACCGGUGUUCUCGGCCAGGAGCAGAGCUGCCAGCAGAUGACGAGCACCGCGACUUGUGCACAGUACGUCCAGAACAACGGCGCCGCCUUCGCCGACGCUUAUUGGGAAGUCAAGAGCGUCAAGAUAUACCAGUACAGCUCAUAG